GCCGCAGGCACCAGAUUUUGUGUCUAGGGUUUCUUUCUUCGUUUCUUCGUUAUCUUCGUUUCUUCUUUCUUUCUUGUGUCUGAGGUUUAUUCCUCCUCUUUCGAUCAAUCAUGGCUUCCUCUAGGUCUGAACCAGUUUCCUCCAAUUUUCCUACAAUUACCAAUCCAACUGUUACUUCUGUUCAGCCUCCACCGCCUAUUGUUAUUCCAUCCCUACCAAUUACGUCGUCCAUGUCACCCAUUAGUUCUUCACCUAUGCCUAUAAGUACACCCUUUACAUCCAUCGCUUCCUUGAUUUUCUCUCAUCCUGUGUUUUCUGUUAAUAUAAAAAAUUUUGUACCUGAGAUCUUAACUCAUGAGAACUAUGUAAUAUGGAAAGAUUUAAUGAUCCCUGUCUUCAAAAGCAAAGGAGUAUAUGGCCAUAUCGACGGUAUUGACCCUUGCCCGCCACCUACAGAUCCUAAUUUUGAGAACUGGAAGCAGAUUGAUUUUCAGAUUUUGUCAUGGAUUAAGGCUACUAUUUCUUCUGAGGUUCUACGGAUAAUUAUUCAAUCUGGUGCGUCUCUGUCUGCUAAAGCUGCCUGGGAUGUCAUUCAAACUUCAUACCAGAAUCAAUUAUGGGCAAGAAAACACUAUGUCAAGCAACAAUAUCGUUCUAUGCGCAAACAAAGUGGUCAAUCUAUGUUUAGCUAUCUGGAGUCUGUCAAGAAAAUAGCUGACAAUAUGUAUGAUGUUGGCGAACACGUGACUGACAAAGAUAUUGUCAUGCAAGCUCUUGCUGGUCUUGACAAUGAAUACAGUGUAGCAAAGCGAACCAUUCCACAAUGGGUUCCUUUUCCAUCCUUUUUAGAGCUUCGAUGGUUACUCUUGAUUGAAGAAGAUAAUGUUCAACACUUCAGUUAUGGCAGGUUCGCCUUCCUCCCAUCCUGAAGAUUUAUAUUCUUUUGUUCAAAACCGGCCAGACUUUUAUGGGUAUGGUAGAGGAAACAACAGAGGUCAGACUUGCGGACGAAGUCGUGGAACUCGUCGUGGUCGAGGAGGUCGGAAUUUCUUCUCUGGAAAUAAUUUUGGACAAGGACA